CCCUACCUCUCACUUCACAUUUCCGCGGCUUCUUCUUCGUCUCAUUCUCUGCAUCGCUUCUUCUUCCCAUUCUCGCGACAAAUGCAUCUCUUUCUACGUACGGAAUUAGGGAUCUAAUGCUAAUACCCAAACGGCCAAACCAGCAGUCCAUCUAUUCAUCCACACAUCUCCGGAUCUGGCGAUAGCCGAUUAGCUUCUUCGAUCCUUACAGUCGAUCGGUAGCCUCUCCCUCUCUGGACGGACCGACGGACUUCCGACCUCAGCAAAAAGAAGCCACCACAGCAACUUCUAGGGGGUAAAGAUACAACCAAAAUCAAUAAAGAUUAGAAGGUCAAUCGCCCAAUCCCACUUAAAUCAGCUUUGCCGGAGCUUAGGAUCGAAGGUCGUCGAAAGAAAAGAGGUUAGGAACGGAGGUCGCUGGAGGAGAAGAAAUAAAAUUAUGAGUACUGCAAAUUGAAUUUUAUUUUAAGACAAAUACUUGAUUUUUUUUCCUGAAACAACUGAAUAAUGUUGAAAACCAGGUGAGGUUCAGCUUGAUACUUGACCAUGUUGAUCCCAGUGGAAUGUGGAAGAAUUGCAAGAGGGGUUUAGCAACAUGCCAACCUCAUUAGCUCAACACCAUACAAGGGAAGGUGCCCGAUGCAAUUACAGUUUUUUUUAUUUUUUUUAGAAAAUUAGAACACCAAAGGCAUCAGUUGUAGCUAAACAAUUGAUGCCAAUACCUCCUUUUUAUUAAUAUUCAAAAAACAAGUAUAGCAAAGACAUUGAUUGUUUAGAAACAACCGAUGCUAAUACUCUUUUUUUAAUUAAUAAAAUAGCAAAGGCAUUGGUUGUUUAGAAACAACCGAUGCUAAUACUCUUUUUUUAAUUAAUAAAUAGCAAAGGCAUUAGUUGUUUAGAAACAACUGAUGCUAAUACUCUUUUUUAAUUAAUAAAGUAGAAAAGGCAUCAGUUGUGUCAAAGCGAUGCAAUUGAAUUGGACCAAUUGCAUCGCUUGUAUUUGCAUCGGUACAAAACCGAUGCUUAAAGUACAAAAUAACCAAUGCCUUUGCCCUGGUAUGUACUAGUAAUGAAAAGUGAAUAUGAAAUUGUUUUAUUAAAUGAAGUAAACAAAGUAAGUAUUAGUUAUAAAUUCAAACUUAUAAAAGUGGAGAUGACAAAUGUACAGUAAAAUAAUACCUUUGAAUGUAUUAUUAAAAACACUUUUAUAGUAUUAUGUUAUCUAGUUUUCCUAUGUUAAUUGGUAUUACUCUGCGAAUAUUGUAUUAAAAUUCAAAGUCCACUAAUUUAGACACUAUUAGUGUCGAUUUACACGUGACGAUUACAUUAUAUUAUUUUAAACUUUAUUGCUUCUUUUUGCAUAGUGUAGGUAUCAAACAGAAAUGGAAUUGGAGAAGAACCUGGAGCCGCAGCCGCAUCAGACAAAAAUGGAAACAGAGAAGAAUCUGGAGGCGCAUCAGACACAAUUGGAAUCGGAGAAGAAUCUGGAGGCAAAUGAGGUGCCCCUACAGUUGCAGCAGGGUGCAGGAUUUGCCUAUCUACGCCCGUUCGUCCAAGUUCCUCUCUAUGUCCUUCAGUCGUUGCCGCCUCCGGUGUUUGGCUACUUUCCGUUCUACUUCUUGCAGGCUCCACAGCCAUUUUCACCCUACUAUGUGACGGAUUGGGGCAACACGUGUUCCAAGCUGGCCUGCGGCCCCAGCCCGUGCCGAGCUUGCAGCCCCCGCCCAUGUUGAGCUUGCCGCAAUAUGUGUUUCGACAAAAACCAUCCGGACUGGCUGAGCCCCACAUUGUUGGCUGCUUCAUGUAGCCUGAGUCUUUGACUCUAGCAACAUAUGCACUUACUCUCACGAUAAGCGUGAUUUAAAGUUUAAUGUAGUAUUCUUAAUAAUUGGUUUUAUAUUAC